AUGAGAGGGCUGAGAGUUUCAGAAGCUCUUGGCUCAGGGUUCAGCUGCAAUGGAAAUAAUGUUGCUUAUCUCACGGGAAGCUCGACGCCAUUGAAUGGUUAUGGACUAGAUAAGAAGGAACUCUUUAAGAUUCCAUUUCAAGCAAGGCCAGGACCCUCCAUCUCAACAUCUUAUACUUCAUCAAUGGGUUUUACAAUCCAGAGUGCUAUACUUCCAAGAGCUUAUCCGCACCUUCUAUUCAAAGGAAUUUUAACCUAUGGAUGGCCUGGUGGAUAUUGGUUUUUUCAUGGGAUUUUAGACAAGAUAAAACUUGCAAUGGGUUUUAAAGCAACUCAAGCAGUGGCUCUUCUUGCAUUGGGACAUGAUGAGAGUGAUGGCAAGAUCAUGUUAGAGAAGGGCACCAACAAAAUCAGCUUUAUCCCACCUCGUGAUCCCCUUCUCCCACGAAAAAUCAAAGUCUUUCAAAAGCUCACUCAGAAACUUGGAGGAGUUCUCUUCAUGUCAAAAUACCGGAGCACAGCAGUCCAUCUUUUAGGUGGGUGCAAUGCAUCAUCAUCAGGUCCUUCACAUGGUGUUUGCAACCCCAAAGGGCAGGUUUUCGACCCUCUGGCCACGGUGCAUCCAGGCCUCUACGUGUGUGAUGCUUCUUUGAUCCCAUGUUCCAUUGGCAUCAACCCAUCUUUUACUAUUGCCACUGCAGCUGAGCACAUAAGUAGGCACCUUGUGCAGGAUGUUUUGGAGUACAAGAUCAGGAGAGAAGGUACUAAUUAUCUUGGAGGUGUUCAAGAUCCAGAUUCCUUCACUGAGAAGACUAAGACUAUAGAUAAUGGCCGGAGAUCGGUUGUCACGUUUAAAGAAACCAUGAGAGGUCAUGUUGGGGGCAUGCCAUGCACAGCUUUUCUCAAAAUGAAGAUGAACCCUCAUGGUGAGGACCAGAAGGACUCUGAUAUUGAAUGGAACUUGGGUACUAAUAUUCAUGGGAACUCUCAUCCCCUUCUAAGAGGGAAAGUUGGAGGGCAUGUAGAAUUUAGAGGCUUUGAGAAGGAUAAUUUACAUAUCAUAGACGGGGAUGUAAAUUUGUGUGAAGUAGAUUCCAGAACUCCGUACACACACUAUAUGCGUUAUCAUCUUCAUCUUGUGGCAUCUACCGGUUCAAGAUAUAUUCUAGAGGGGAGAAAGAUAAUGAAUCCUUAUCUCCUUGCAUCAUAUGCAUGGAGGGAAGCUACCACACUGCAUGUGACAUUUGAAAAAGUUGCCGAGAAAAGCUCAAAGGAUCAAGAUCAUGACAAGGUGAUUUUAAAAGGGGAGCUUAGUAUUUCCAUGAUGGAGCUUCUUAAGAGCCUCGUCAGCUUUGAAGGAAACAAGAAAGGAAAGUUCUUAAGCCUCCUCUUAGGGACUCUCUUCAGAACCUAUUUGUUGCAGGUACCUCGAGGGAGCCAAGAGCACUUUAAUCUGUCAGAUUGUGAGCAGAAAUAUUCUUAUCCAAGCAGCACUCUUCACGAUAUAAAAACAGAAGAUGGAGUGGUUAUCAGUUGCAGGCAAUGGAAGUGCCAGCAAAGUUUGUCAAAACUUAGAGGAUCACAUGAACAACGAAACCCAAUUCUCCUUGUUAAUGGAUAUGCUGUUGAGAGUUACUGGCUGCCAACAGAGCCAAAUGACUUGGUCAGAACUUUGAUUGAAGAAGGGCAUGAAACAUGGCUGUUACAAUCAAGGCUGCAUGUUCUGAAUCCUUCGAACACUUUUACCCUUGAAGAUGUUGGAAGAUUUGAUAUCCCUGUUGCCAUUAAUAAGAUGCUUGAAUUGCUCGGACCAAACGUAAAGGUGCAUGUAGUUGCACACUGUGUUGGAGGCUUAGCCAUACACAUAGCUCUCAUGGGAGGUCAUGUCUCUGCUAGCCAUAUAGCUUCUCUGUCUUGCACCAACUCUUCCAUGUUCUUCAAGCUUAAUGCUUUGUCCACUGUCAAAAUGCGGCUUCCUCUGCUCCCAAUAUCAAUGUUGAUACUUGGAAAUAACAAGACACUUCCUCUUGUGGAAACAUCAACAUCACCACCAGUGAGCUCACGGCAUAGGCUCCUGAAACUGAUAGCCCACCUGAUACCGCGGUACGAGAGAUGCAGCUGCAGUGAAUGUGAGGUUGUCUCCGGCAUAUUUGGGAACGCAUUCUGGCACGAAAACAUAAGUCCAACAGUGCACCAGUGGUUGAACAAGGAAAGCUCAACAAGGCUUCCAAUGGCAGCAUUUCCUCACCUCAGAAAGAUAUGCAACUCAGGUUUUAUAGUUGACAGCAAUGGCAGCAACUCCUAUUUGAUCCACCCACAAAGAAUGGCUCUCCCAACACUCUAUAUAUCUGGCGGGCGGCCUCUCCUUGUGACACCUCAGACUUCUUUUCUUGCUCAUAAAUACAUGAAGCUGCACCAGCCAGGGUUUAGGCAUGAGAGGGUUGUUGUGGAGGGUUUUGGGCAUUCGGAUUUGUUGAUUGGAGAAGAGUCCUGCGAGAAGGUGUUUCCUCACAUUUUGUCUCAUAUAAGAUCGGCUAAUGGUGAUGAGCAGCAAGGAAGAAAUGUUCAUAUCAAUGUUGCUGAGGGGAAGAAGGUCUUCUCUGAUUCAGAAGCUGAUCAAUAUCAAUAUGAAGAAGGAUUUGGAAUAAUUACCUGGUUCUCUCCUUUUGUUGUUCUUCUGCUGGCUUUUUUGUUGGUUUCUCAGUUGGCUCGAUUGUUUUUAUAA